AUGGAAACGUGGAUUUUGUCCCAUUUGCCAAAUUCAGAAUUUUUCCCCCACUUUCAUGGCCUCAUUUUCACAAAUACGCAUUUUAUCAUCGUGUUGCAAGCAAUUACUGAAGGAAUCGAGCUGUUUGACUAUCUAAGUCAAAAGGGACCCAUCGAUGAUGAGGCAGAUGCAAAGGGUAUCAUGGCCUGCAUUUCGAAGGCAGUCAACCUACUUCAUUCCAUGGGAAUUGUCCACAGGGAUUUGAAGUUGGAAAAUAUUUUUUUGGUUCCCGAUUCUUCUUCAAAAGCGAUAGGCAUUAAACUUGUGGAUUUUGGUUUGGCCACAUGGCUUCCUCUGGAAAACUGUACUGAAAUAAUUAGUUUUGAAUUGCGGCGGAAGUGGAACGAGCAUCUGGUUUCAUUUUGGGAGCUUAUUUCGGAAUGCGGAAGAGUUCAUUCUUUCUUACAUAGCGGUGAUGCGUUGGUAUUACUGAAGGACCAAAGAGAUCUCAAUACCCCUGACUCGAUGGUUCCUGCAGAUUUGAAGCCAAAUGUCAAUAUCUUAUUAACAAUGCUCACGACUCCAACCCCGCUUUUCUCGAUAUAUCAGUCGAACAUUGCUUUAUAUGAAAAAACAAAAUUGAUGCAGCGAUGUGGAAGUGAGGAAUAUGCACCUCCUGAGCUGUUGCUUAACACUUCAUCUCCGUAUUCCGGACAGUUAGCCGAAUCGUGGAGUCUAGGAAUCAUCUUUUACGCCAUUUUCACAGGCAAGUUUCCUUUUCAGUACAAUUCAGCACUCUCGUACAGGUCAACCGUAGCUAAAGGUAUUAUCGAAUGGUCGUACA